AAUGUUAGUAAGUGCAAACUGCCUGGUAUGCAAUGUUGUUUAAAUGUGUAACAUAUUUACGGUAUUAAGUGAAUUUGUAUGAAAUUAUGAAAACAACAUCGAAAUUUAUCUUAUCCCAAAAUUCAGUUUUUGAUAGAUUUAUUCCUCUAAGAAUAAAUAGCGACACAACCAACUUCAGCUUAAUAGAUCUUGAUGAAACCAACAUCCUAUUCGAUAUAAAGGCAGACGAUGAUGAAGAUGAUGAUAUAUCAUCAUAUAAAUUCGUUAACACUGCUAAAAUGACUCAAAAUCUCUUUGCCUAUAGAAACAGGUUGCUUGAUGCGUUGAACAUUCAAGAUUUUGUAACUGUUUGCAAAAAAAGGUUUGAAAAAUCGAUGAGGCGAAAAAUCAUAAAACCAUGGCCUGUUAUAGCAAGGAAACGGCCAAUAAUAGAGUCACCUGAAUUCAUUUUGGAUAUCCCUGCAAUUAAUGAUGAAGACGUUAUAUUUUGUAGGCAUAAAAUUGAUUGGGGUAGUUCGAAUAAAAUAGCAAUGAUCUUCAAUGGUGAAGUUCAUUUAUUAUGCGGCCUCAAUGGUGAAAAUCGAAGUACAAAUUUGGGAGAAACGGCUGCAUUCUGUUUAAAAUGGAAUAAAUUGGGAACCAGAUUUGCUGUAUCCACUAAUAACGGAUUUGUCAUGUUAAUAGACGGUGAAACAUUAAAGUGCCUAAAUAAAUUUAAAUGUGACCAAAGAUGUAUAUUGUGUGACAUUAAUGUCAUCGAAUGGACCAAACGAAAUCAAAUGCUAAUCGGUUGUUCCAACGGUAUAAUGAAAAAAAUUGGAAGUAAACCUAGACAUCGGGUUUAUUCAUUUAAAAGUGGAAUUGUUGAUUUAAAAUUAUCAUGUAAUGAUAUUUAUUUGUUUAUUAUGAUGAGAGACUCAGCAUAUAUUAACCGUUUCGGAACUGUUAAUAAUGUCAAUUUGAAAACAUCGAAUUCAGUGUGUGCAUCAUGGCAUCCAUGGCAAGAACACACUUUGGCCGUCUCAGAUCUUCAAAAUAAGUCAGUAUUUAUCUAUAACUGCAACACAAAUAUAAGGACAAAUUUGAAAAUUCUUAAUCCAUAUUUGAUAAGUCGCUUUAAAUGUGUGGCGGAUUGUGUCAGCUUUAACCCUAUAUCGGCAGAACUAGUGGUAAGCUUUUAUUCAGACGAGGAUGAAGGUUGGUCUUAUUUGACCGUCUUUAGCGAUUUAGAAACACGUGUGGAUGAAGUACGCUUCCAUAGAGGACGGGUCCCACAUUUUCUAUGGGACAGCACUGGGACGAAGCUUGGUAGUUCCGGAGUUGAUGAAAAUUUAGCUAUAUGGAACUUCUUUGGAUCAAAGCCGUUGCCAAAAAACAAAGUGUAUCUUAAAAAUCAAUUAUAUGAUUUAAAAACAUUAAAGUAUCAAAGGAUUCGUUAAAUAUUAUAUACUUGUUUUCUCCAGAUUUUAAUAUUUUAUUAUUUAUUUUUAAUUUAUUUAAAAAAUCAAUAUGUACUGAAUUUUUAAAUAAUUAUAUUUUUUCGUCUUUUAAAA